UACUUUCUGAUUACUCCUACUCCUACUCCUAGCUACUUUCUUCGCUUUCAGUUCUUCCAUGGCGGCCAAUCAAGCCAAAGCUUUCGACGUUGAGGGACAAGUCCAAGAGGUAGAAGAGGAAAUAAAGGUUUUCGAUUAUGCCAAAAGAGCACAGUGGCUUAGAGCUGCCGUAUUGGGCGCCAAUGAUGGGUUGCUUUCCACUACAUCCCUAAUGAUGGGAGUUGGAGCCAUUAAAAAGGACGUUAAGACCAUGAUCCUCACGGGUAUCGCCGGCUUGGUCGCCGGAGCAUGUAGUAUGGCCAUCGGGGAGCUCGUCUCCGUUUACUCGCAGUACGAUAUAGAAAUGGCUCAAAUGAAGAGAGAGGGUAGGACUGAAAGCAUGGGAGCCGAGGAGCUAGAAGCUGAGAAGGAGAAAUUGCCGAACCCGUGGCAGGCAGCCGGAGCGUCAGCCCUUGCAUUUUCGGUGGGGGCAUUAGUACCGCUGCUCGGGGCUGCGUUUGUGAAGGAUUAUGUUGUGAGGGUCGGGGUGGUGAUAGGGGUUGUAAGCUUUGCCUUGUUAGGGUUUGGAUGGUUAGGUGCAGUGCUCGGGCAGGCACCUGCGGUGAAGGCGUCUUUGAGGGUGUUGGUUGGGGGAUGGCUCGCCAUGGGAGUUACUUUUGGCUUAACCAAGCUCGUUGGGUCAACUGGACUCUAAUCAUCAUCACCAUAUAUAUAUACUGGCCAAUGGCCAUAGCCCGCAGGCCGCAGUGAUCGAUCUCUAGUCUUCAAGUUUUCCUCUUGUUUACUUUUUCAUUUAUUUCUUCCCUACGUAUAAUACGCUCGUACGUCUUUCAGAUCUUGCAGUACCGGUUGAUGGGGCAAAUUAAGAGAAUCUUUCUCAAGUUUGUUUCUUCUCUUAGCUCGUUUUGAAAAAGGAAAAGAAAAAGUCAUAAGAUGAAAACUGCUUUUUGUAUUUU